UAGGUAAAGUCUAAAAUAAGGUGAUGGGGAUGGUUGAUAAUCAGAUACCAGAAUUUAAUCUGCAACUAUUUUAAAUAUAGAAUAUUGUGUUCUUCUAAAAUGUCCCUUUUACGCAGAGGGUGAGAUCACAGUAAAUGCUAGUGAUACGAAUAGGCAAAUGUAGAGGAAGUCAUACAGAAAACAAGAAGAGCGUCGCUGAGAAAAUUCCACAAAAGAAGGAAAUGAGCAACAGUCACUGGCAGUCCUACAGGGCCGCUGGAGCACGAGCAGCCCAGCUGCAGUACUGCGCUCAGGGAAGCUAAGCAUCUUCGAUAUCCUGUAGGAAAUCUGCUGGGAGAAUGAGUCCAAAUACUUGCUGGCUUUGCAAGACAUUCAGAGCAGAAGAAAAUGGGAUCAGUUCUAAGGUGUCUUUGGAUGAAGUACUACAGUGGUCCCAGUCUUUUGAAAAACUGAUAACUAGUAAACAUGGACCUAUGAUCUACAAGACCUACUUGAAGACAGAGCACAGUGAUGAAAACAUAGAAUUCUGGCUUGCUUGUGAAGCUUACAAGAAGAUCACAUCACAAAGAAAAAGGAUUUAUGUGGCCAGGAAACUUUUUACAAAUUACAUUCAACCCCAGGCUCCUAAAGAGAUUAACAUUGACAGUCCAGUGAAGAAAUCAGUUAUCAGGAACCUACAAGAACCGACACAGUCCUGCUUUGAUGAAGCACAACAAAUAGUUUACAUGCAUAUGGAAAGAGAUUCUUAUCCUCGAUUUCUUGAGUCAAAGUUCUAUCAACAACUCAAAUACAGACUUCAAACUGACAGCAACAUUUCAUCAGUAUGUUAAAGAGAAGGUUUGAAAAUUUCCUCUUCUAGCCAGAGUUUCUAAGUCUUAAAGUAAAAAAAAAUCACAGUAGAUUAAUAUUAAUAAUAAUCUCUUAUACUGUUCUGCUGAUGUUAGAAUUAAGAACUACUUUCCCUCUCUUCUUUUCCCAUGGAAGGGUUCUGGUUUUGUCUUUUUUUUUUUUUUUCCUCUCAACAAACCCUUGAAAUCUAGUGAAAAACAAAGUUUAUAGAUUUUCAGCCCCCAAAAUAAGAGUGAAGUUCCAGUCUCCUAUUGAUGUACAAAAAUUCUGACAGCAUUUCCAGGAGAUUUUUCUUUUGAAAGGUCUGAAGUAACAGUCUUGCUGCUGGAAAAUAAAUGAUUAUUUGGCUGCAUAUAACUUAGAAGAGGAAAAAAAUAUCUGCACUGCUGCAUUCACCAAAUUUUUGUUGUUGUUUUACUCCUAUAUUCUUCCAAAGUAAAAUAAACUGAAGAUAUUGUGAAGUACAGCUGUUCAUUUAACCUUAAGUUACAAAGCAGAAUAAUUAUACAAUCUUAUGCUGAAUUAUGGUGUACAACAUAUGUUACAAAGGUCUACAGUAGUAUAUACUGUACAGCUUGUGCCAGUGCUUCCUGAAUUUAUCUCCCGUAAUAAAACUCACUAGCUUGUGGUCUUUUCUUCUGGGUAUGAACACACAGAUACUUCCCUUUCUCUUCAGGCUCCCUAAUGAGUAGAGAGGAGCAGAGCUUAUCUACAAAUAUCAUCCUAUAACAUGAGUGAGUGUCUCUCUUGGUUUACCAUAGUACAAUUUACUCUCACUCUUUCUUUUUUCCCCUCUUCAAUCUGAAUGGAUAAGCCCUUUCCUUACAGGGCAAGCAUGAAAACACAGGUCAGUGCAGACAUUCAAGGAAAAACUGGGUUUUCCUUUGGUGGCAUCUAUCUUAUUGCAAGGAGAAACUACAGCUUCUUUAAAAUACUUCCUUUUCUAGUGCAAUAAGAUGUAUGAAUGUAUUCAGGUAGUCCCUCCCAAAAACAAGCACAUCAUUGUUUAGGCCUACCACACCAAUACCACACCUCAGUAUAGCUUACAUUUGGGAAGAGGAACAGCAAUUUACUGAUGACUUCAGUACAUUUAUCAAGAGCUGUUAAAUGCAUAACAUGGUAUCUGGCUUUGUGCUAAGUUGUGUUGCUAAUUUGUAACUGUACGUAUUCUGGUGUGAACAGCUAAACAAAAGUGAUCAUACACCAAUUAUCGGUAAUAUAAGGUUCCACAAACUCUUCUUAUGCAUCACUUUUACGAACUUCAAGCUACAGUUUGUGUACUUGUGUAAAGCAGAAGAUUAAGCAGUUCUAAGCAUGGUCUACUGUAGCACAGAAGUCAUUAAAGCAACCUCAGUAUUGUAAGGGAAGAUUCUACUUGUCUUGCCUAAAUACAUUAUCCUAGAUAGGUGUGAUCAUUCAGCUCAUAAAAUCAUAAUCAACAAGGGCACCUUGUUAAUUUCUGAAGCACGUUGGACUUGAGCUCAAUAGACUGCAGAUGCCACAGACUCACAUCAAAGAAAUGCUGCAGGAACUUUUUAGAAGUAAUUCCUGCAGGGAGGCAGAUCUGUGACAAAAGCCAGCCUGAGAAGAAGCUGAAAUGAGCACGCACUGUGCUGGUCAGGCAGUGUGCUGGUGCAUCUUAGCUUUCCCCCUGCACCGAAGAGACCAUCCAGAAACAAAAACGUGCUCUGAGAAAUCAGAAGACCCACAAACACGGGAAAUCACUUUAUGCCAUAAAAUGUUUUGUGUUUGUUUUGCUAAUAAGUCAUAUGUCUAACAACACAUACUCCUGGCUGGCUUAUUGAUUUUAUGUUGAUUGAGGAAUUCCUUCUGGAAACGAAAAAGCUGAGGAAG